UAUGGAGAGCUGUCACUUUGGAGGUUUUAAAAAGGACACUCGUCUGUCAUGGACAGGGCGACAAAUGAUGAGGCGUUACCGUUGCUCGAGGUUUCGAGUGACAGCUUGAGGAUUGUCAGCAGGAGGAAAAAACCUGCUCCGUGGGCUUCAUUUAACAAGAGGGUCUCUCCAAUGGCUCUCUGCAAAUUAAUUCCUUUAGUUCUACUGGGAGCCGUGGCAUUUGCAGUGAGUGGCAUCACUGGUGAAGACCUGCACGAGUGUCUGCGCGACUCUGACUACAGCGAGCUCCUAAGCAUUGUAGAGUCUGGACUUCCUGUCACAAAGAAACCUUCACAUGUUGCCAUCAUUGGGGGAGGCAUGGCUGGGCUGACCGCAGCCAAAUUUUUGGAAGAUGCAGGACACAAGGUGACCAUAAUCGAAGCAAGUAACCGGACUGGAGGACGAGUGGAGACCUUUAGGAACAUACAAGAUGGCUGGUAUGCAGAACUUGGUGCAAUGAGGAUCCCCAACUUUCACAAGAUUCUGCUCAGCCUUCUCUCCAAAUUCCAAUUACCCGUGAAUCCCUUCAUUCAAGAAAUUGACAACACCUACUAUCUCAUUAAUGGAGUUCUCCAGAAGACCAAAGAUGUGAAGCUCAAUCCCGACCUGCUGAAAUACACUCUGAGUGAGAACGAGAGCGGGAAGUCAGCUGCUCAGCUCCUCACUGAGACCCUGUGGAAGGUUAGAAAAGAUCUCCAGGCCAGCAGCUGCAGUGAAAUAUUAGACAAAUAUGACUCGUACACAGUGAAGGGGUAUCUGAUCAAAGAGGGAAACCUGAGUCGAGGAGCUGUCAGGAUGAUCGGAGACAUCUUGAAUGAAAACAGCCUUUUCUACACAUCGCUGGUGGAAACGCUGUACAUCCAAGCAGACAUCAGUGACAGCACUGAAUACUUGGAGGUGACAAACGGUUUUGACCAAAUUCCACGGGCUCUCACUAAGUCAUUAAACGCAAGCAUCCUGUUCAACUCCAAGGUUAAACUCAUCGACCAAUCAGGAGGCGAUAAUGUUAAGGUAACAUAUCAGGACAAGGAGCACCCCGCUUCUCUGGCCAGCCUCACCGUGGACUACGUCCUUGUCACGGCCACGGCCAAGGCAUCAGUCUUCAUUGAAUUUGAGCCGCCCCUUUCUGCGAACAAAAUGGAGGCCAUGCGUGCGGUCCAUUACACCAGCGCCACCAAAGUCAUUCUGAGUUUCAAGGAGCGUUUUUGGGAAAAAGAAGGCAUUAACGGUGGGAAGAGCGUGACUGACAGACCAUCACGCUACAUCUACUACCCAAGCCAUAGCUUUCCUGGCACAGACGCCGGUGCACUGCUGGCGUCUUACACCUGCUCGGAUGACGCCGAUCUCUUCGAUGGUCUGAGCGAUGAGGAGCUAAUGGGUGUUGUCUUAGAGGACUUGGCCAGGAUCCACGGGGAGUUUGUGAAGCGGCUGUGGACUGGGGGAGUAGUGAAGAAAUGGGGCUCAGACCCAUAUACUCUUGGUGCCUUUGCCUUGUUCACACCCUACCAGUCUCUUUAUGCCCAAGAACUUUUCCAGAGCGAGGGACGAGUGCAUUUUGCAGGAGAGCACACAGCUAUACCCCAUGGAUGGAUAGAAACAUCCAUGAAAUCUGCUCUUCGGGCGGCAAGAAAUAUCAACAGUCUCACACUUUAACAAUUGUUUCUUGUGACUUCACAAUUUGUGGAAAAAGGUUCUUUACUGUCUGUCUUGAAUGUAGUAGUUAAUUUAAA